CCCGCACCGUGCUGUGUCCGCUCCAUCUUCCUUCGCCGCCACGCUCAUCGCCGGUGAGGACUACCCUCUUCCUCUCCUUCUCCCUCUCCCUCUCCCUCUCCCUGUGGUUCACUACCGGGUCGUCGGCGAAGGGCGAACGACGCCAUGCCGGCGGAUCCAUGCAGGGCUGGAUCCACAAAAGCUGGAUCCGUGGAGGGUUGGAUUCUCUUUGUAGGGCUGGAUCCAUGGAGGGAGUGCACGGCGCUCGUCGCCCAGCUCGAGGUGCGAGGGCAUGUCUACCUACCCGAGGACCUACGAUCUCAUCCAUGCGGACUCGGUGUUCACCCUGUACAGGAACAGGGAGAAGAUCCUCCUGGUUGUCAAGACGUAUUGGACUACCCAUGAGGCCAUGACCAAGAUCAGUAGCAGGACUGUCAAAUCUAUUAAUGAUAUGAAAGAACACUGCUUCUGGUCCCAAAUUAUGGAGAGAAAGGGUCCAACAGUCGAGAUGGCUGAAUGGUGCCAGGAAUGAAUUGGUAAUGUACAAACACAUUUGACAGGACAGUAGGCCAUGUAAACAGGUCUCUGGUCUCUAUUAAAAUCAUAGUUUCUGUUUAAUUACAA